AUGGCUGCACAGAAGCGAUAUUGCGAUGCUACACUCUCCAACAAAACGCUACUACAAUCGCUUAAAGAUAUCGACAUUGUCGUCAGCGAUGGAGUUUACGUCUGCAGUAUUUUACUACCUGAAGUUUUGCAAAAACCUUUCAUUAACAUUUAUUUCAACGGUGGUAUCCUUGGUGUACAUACCUUUUAUGGCCGCUAUCGACCUGCAUCGUAUGUACCCACCCAUCCGUCUCUAACAUCGCGUAAGUUAUCAUUUUUCGAACGAUUAAUCAGCGUUAUUGGUAAAUUAGUAAUGGAGCGAAUUUUUCAAUGGGAUUGCGAAAAAGUUGCCGAACAAUUAAGAUCCAAACAUAAUAUUAGUACACACUUAAGCCUUGCUCAAUUACAAAGAAAAUUGUCCUUGCAUUUAUCGGCACUGGAUUUUUCAAUCGAAUACCCUCGACCUAUACCUCCAUAUGUCCAUCUAGUGGGACCUUUAUCUCCUCAAUCUCCAUCACCGCUACCUCAAAUAUUCGAAAACUUUAUACAAAACUCGAAGCAAGGAGCUAUUUUAAUGUCAUUCGGUAGCGAGUUACAGUUAGAAGAUUAUAAAGUGUCGGAGAUGAUUAAAGCUUUAAGUCAAUUACCCUAUAAUGUUAUAUGGAAGACGAAACAGACUGUGGAUAAUUUACCUGAGAACGUUAAAACUUUCGGAUGGACUCCUCAGAAUGAUAUUCUUGGUCACAAGAGAAUAGUCGCUCUAAUAACACAUUGUGGCUCGAAUAGUUUAUACGAAGCAGCGUAUCAUGGCGUUCCAAUGAUAGCUAUGCCAUCUAUGAUCGAGCAACAGCUUAAUGCUCAAAGAAUGAAACAUGCUGGAAUAGGGUUAGAGGUUGAUUUCUACAGCUUCACGUCUGAAGAUAUUAUUAACGCCAUAAAUGCAUUAGCAGCAAGUCCAAGAUACAAAGAAAACGUACAGAAAAUUUCAAAAAUUCUUAAAAGCAGUAAAUCGGCAAGAGAUACAGUUGUAGAUUGGGUAGAAUACGCAGUCGAUACAGACGGUGCUCAUCAUUUGAAAGUACAAGGCGAAAUGCUAUCGUUUUACGAACUUUAUAACUUGGAUGUCUUUGCAUUUAUAAUAUUGAUGUUGUAUAUUUCUUAUCGGUUGUUAAACUAUGUUACGAAUAGAAUUUGUUGUUCGACAACGAAAGCAAAAUCUGAUUAG